AUGCGGCAGCGGCAGCAAGGCGAGGAGCACCAGGAGCUGUUCGUCCAGUGGAGACCCUGCGACAAGAAGAGGCGCCGCCUUUUUCGCCGAUCCUACCGGCCGGAGCCCGGGAAGAAAGAAAGAAAGAAAGACAGGAAGAUGAGCGUGUCCGUGGGCCGGACCCGGGUGGGGAGGUACGAGCUCGGCCGGACCCUCGGCGAAGGCACCUUCGCCAAGGUCAAGUUCGCCAGGAACGUCGAGACCGGCGAGAAUGUCGCCAUCAAGAUCCUCGACAAGGAGAAGGUCCUCAAGCACAAGAUGAUCGCCCAGAUAAAGCGAGAGAUUUCGACCAUGAAGCUCAUCAGGCACCCCAACGUCAUCCGGAUGUACGAGGUGAUGGCCAGCAAGACAAAGAUAUACAUAGUCAUGGAGCUUGUCACCGGUGGCGAACUUUUCGACAAAAUCGCUUCGCGUGGAAGGCUGAAAGAGGAUGAUGCAAGGAAGUAUUUCCAGCAGCUCAUCAACGCUGUCGAUUACUGCCAUAGCAGAGGCGUCUACCACCGUGAUCUCAAGCCUGAAAAUCUUCUGCUUGAUGCUAAUGGCACACUCAAGGUUUCAGAUUUUGGAUUGAGUGCACUAUCUCAACAAGUCCGAGAGGAUGGUCUGCUGCAUACAACCUGUGGAACUCCCAAUUAUGUUGCUCCCGAGGUUAUAAACAAUAAAGGGUAUGAUGGAGCUAAGGCUGAUCUAUGGUCAUGUGGAGUGAUUCUCUUUAUCCUCAUGGCGGGGUACCUCCCAUUUGAAGAUUCGAACCUAAUGUCGCUUUACAAGAAGAUCUUCAAAGCAGAUUUCAGUUGCCCGUCCUGGUUCUCCACAAGUGCAAAGAAGCUCAUCAAGAAAAUACUAGAUCCUAAUGUUAACACUAGAAUAACUAUUGCAGAGCUUAUUAACAAUGAGUGGUUCAAGAAGGGGUAUCAGCCUCCCAGAUUUGAGACAGCAGAUGUUAAUCUGGACGAUGUCAACUCCAUCUUCGAUGAAUCAGGGGAGCCAGCACAGCUUGUUGUUGAGAGGAGAGAAGAAAGACCAUCAGUAAUGAAUGCUUUCGAGUUAAUCUCGACAUCUCAGGGCCUCAAUCUCGGCACACUCUUUGAGAAGCAAACGGGUCCUGUUAAGCGAGAAACAAGGUUUGCAUCAAGGCUUCCUGCAAAUGAGAUACUGUCGAAAAUCGAAGCAGCAGCAGGACCCAUGGGCUUCAAUGUUCAGAAGCGCAACUAUAAGCUGAAGCUGAAAGGGAGAACCCUGGAAGGAAGGGUCAGCUGGCCAUUGCAACAGAGGUACAGCUUCAUGAUUGUGCCUAGACUUCCUGUUUUUGAGGUCACGCCUUCGCUGUACAUGGUUGAGCUGCGCAAGUCCAACGGCGACACCCUUGAAUUCCACAAGUUCUACCACAACAUCUCAAAUGGACUGAAGGACGUGAUGUGGAAACCAGAGAGCGGCAUCGUGUAA